CUUCAAACUUGAUGCGAGUUGUUUGGCACUUUCAUGCGUCUGGCCUGCAGCUCCCGCGCAGCAGAUGAGAUGAUCGAGGCAGAAUUUUACUUGCGAUCGCACUUGACUUCCUGUCGAAAUGAGCGUGGAAGAAGACCGAGGCGCGCUGGUGUUGGCAACUGAAGUCGACGUUCAGGCCGAUGUGCAAUCGAAGGUCGUGAUACUGGGGAGUGUGGCAAAGGCGCUGCGCGAGGAGGCCGAAAUACCUGACCCUGGGGCUUUGGUUGAUGCUCUCAAAGCAAGCUUGAAGAAUGCGCAACAAAUUCCAGCUGUUGCAGCUCUCGGCAUCGUCGAACAACUGGCCGGCCGGAUCAUCGUCAUGGACCCAAGCCAGUCGUCCCGUGCCACACUCAUACGGUCUCUAGUCGAGCAUGGCACGGUGCCAGUGAUCGAUCGUUUGGGUGAUGCCAGAGAGAAGACAAGAGAAGCUGCAGCGAAGGCUUUGAUUGCUGUCGGUAUACUCGCUGCAUCAACGUCCGGUCAUUCUUACCAAACUUCCAAGGGAAAAGCGGCUGAGAGCCCGUCGGAUACCUAUGCUGUCCUGUUCUUGGGUCACGCACUGAGGAACAAGCAGGCACGGAUCCGGGAACAAGCUCUGAUCGUUCUGGCCUCGAUUCGAGACCGUGCACCUUCGCUCCACAUCAAGCCUCUGCUUUCUUCUCUUGUAGAGAUGCUCCAAGAUUCAGAUCCGCGGGUUCGCGAGCAUGCUCGAGACUCUAUCAUCUCUAUAUUUCGCCCCGCUAAUGCUGCAGCUAAAGCAGACCUCAACGGAGAGCUCGAAGGACAAGGUAUACGUAAGCAGCUAGUCGACAAGAUCAUUAGCGAGGUCCAUGCAAGCGCUUCCAUCCCAAGCGAAGAGAAUAUUGCGCCAGGUUCAGAGGAUUCAACGUCUAGCACAUCCCAUCAACCUUCCAUAGGUACACCGGUGCCUCAAGUCACCGUUUCUACGCGACAAGAACUCGAGCGACUUUUCACAUCAUCUCUGCCACAUUUCGAGGGAAAAGAGACAGAGCAGAAUUGGCUCGCUCGAGAACACAGCAUCAUUCAGUUUCGUGGCCUCUUGAAUCAUGAAUUGCCGGAGGAUGCCCGCAAGCUUCUGCCGAGCUGCAUCAAGACCCAUCAAGAUGGCAUCAUCAAGACUUCUUUGAGCCUUCGAACGACUUUGUCAAUACAUUCGAUCGCCCUCGUCGAGGAGCUGGCCUGCUCUCUUCGGGACGAUCUAGGGCCCUGCGGGGAUGCGUUUUUCACUUCAAUGCUCAAAAUGGCAGGCUUCACCAAACGCAUCGUUGCGCAAGCAAGUCAGACAGCCGUGACAGCGUUGAUCAAAUGCACAUCUUUCCGCCAUGCGUAUCUGCCGCACCUCCAACAAGGGAUGCAGGAGAAGAAUGCGCAAAUCAGAAUUGCUGUCUGGCAGCAUGUCGUGACCCUGCUCAAAAGCCACCGGAAUGACCGGCAACGCUUUUCUGGGAACAAGAGUGUCUGCGAGUUUCUUCAUGUCACUAUACAGAAAGCACUCCAGGAUCAAAAUAAGGACGUGAGGGCGAAUGCCCGGGAAGCUUACUGGCUGUUUCAAUCGCUCUGGCCCACGGACGCGGCCGCCUUACUCGAAAAAGUGGACGCUUCCGUCAAACGUCAGGUACUAGCUGAUGCCCCUUCUGAGGCCUCGGCUAAGCAAGUUGAACCUCACAUGACCAGCGCGCCUGUGCCCGCCCGUCGCCCUGGGGGGCCUAGCAAGGCGCUGCUCGCUGCCAAACGGGCUGCUUCGCAAAAGCUACAGGAAGAACGACUGGCAGCCGAGACAAGCGCGCCUCCUGUGCCCGAGCCAAGGGCAGAUGAGGCAGAAGCCAUAGCAGCGGCAGCAGCACUUCCCGGACGGCCAGCGCAGCAAACAAGCAAGGCAGCGGUUGGUCCAUCCAUUGAGCACGCACUUCCCGAACCUCAUCCUAUUUUACUUCCGCCUGAUGCUGGGCAGUCGAGGAACAUUCCGAAGACGUCAAAUGGCUCACUCAGGACAGCCCAGGGCGCGAAUGGGGACGCAGAAUUGCCAAGGAGAGACCGUAAUGUGUUCCUGAAGCGAGCCGAUCGAUUGGAAGCGGGGAAGGAUGACACUGAGAUGCCAUUAGAAGAUGUCGAAAUAUGGCUAGGCCCUUUUCAGACCGCGGGGCAAGCGGAUCUCCGCUUCUUCCGACGGCUCGCACGUUGGUGUUCUCAUCGAGCUGCGAACGGUAGUCCUCACCCUCUAUCAAUCGAUCCCUCAAAAGCUGCCGAGCUCAUUGGCUUGCUUUGCAGGUGUGUAGGGGACAAGAUACAAACGCCAAACGAAGCACUUGGUGCCAUGGUCGUUCUGCACAGGAUCGUGGAGCACCACCGCGAGACGCUGGCCAUAUCUGGCCAGGAGGAAGCACUUUUGGAUUUGGCUUUGGAUCCGCGCUUGGCUACCGAUCGGUCGCUGAGUGGAGCAUGUGAGACCAUCUUAAAUGCUUGGUCCCAACAUACCGAUGCGGUCAUGUGUGUCAGAGUGCUUAGCGAGCGAUCUUCAGAGCGGCGGAUUGCCGCAGACCAAGAGCAGGGCCUGCCAGCAUCUCAGCCACAGGUGCUCAAGCUUGCAUUGCGCACGUAUGAGCGGCUACUACAGAGAAUCCCGCCCGAGGUGAUUGAGGACGAGCUCCCGCGUUUGCGAUAUGCAAUAAAAGCUGGCCUGAAUGACCCGGCUCCAGACGUACGACAAUGCGCAAUGAGCACGAUCAUGUGCGCGUUCCAUCAGCUGCAGGACUCGUCGAGGAUCAUUGCGAUGCUGGCGCCACUCCCUCAGAGCCAGCAGGACCUGAUCAUGUACUAUUUCGCCAAGCGCGGGUAG